CAAGCCUCUUCCUUCCCCACGACCAGUGCCAGUUCCUCUCCCAGACGGGCCCUGGAAGAGCCACGAACGCUCGACUUUGGAGCCUCCCGGGCGGCAGCGGUGAGAAGGACCAUGGCUCAGCCCCGAAAGACUGCGAACCCAACGCCCAGGGCUUCCCUCCAGCCGGCCGAACUGAACACGCGAGGUGCCUGCCUGCCCCGCCCCUGCAGCACGGACUCCGCCAGCCUGGGCAGCUACCCGGGCCAAGCCGCCGCUACCGCCACCGGCCCCGCCAUCUCCCGGGAUCCCCACUUCCACAGCUUACAGACGCUCUCAGACGCAGGCUGGGGGCGUGCGGAAGCGCCGCGGGAGCUGCUGGGGACUGCUGCCUCCCGCCGGCGGGUGGAGGAGCGCCCCGACGUGCCGUCCCCUCGCUGGUCGAGUGGUCGGCUGGCGGAGGAGCGCUCCGGGGUGCCGUCCUCCCGCCGGUCCGGCGGCAGCAGACUGUGCCUGGAGCCGAGGGAGCACGCGUGGAUUCUGGCCUCAGCCCAAGGCCGUUUUGAGGUGCUAGAGAAGCUGCUGGAGGAAGAUCCCGGGUUGCUGAUGAUGGUUGACCCAAUCACGGGCUACAGCUUGCUGCACUGGCUGGCCAAGCACGGGCGCCACGAGGAGCUCAUUAAGGUACAUGAUUUGGCCCAGAAGUACGGAUUGGCUUUAGACGUGAACAUCUCCGGCAGCGGUGGCUUCACGCCGCUCCACCUGGCGGCUCGGCAGGGACACGAGAUGGUCAUCAAGGUGCUGGUGGGCGCCCUAGGAGCGGACACUUCACGUCGCGAUUACAGUGGCCGCCGGGCUUGUUACUACUUGCAACCCAAUACUUCCCACAGCCUGCGAGAGCUGACAGGCGCGGAGGAUCCCCAGGUGACAAAAGAAAGCGAGUGCGACAGCAGCAGUGGUAUCACUGGGUGGUCGCUGAGACGCACCCCAAGCACUUUACGCGCUAAGUCCAUGGGGACACACCCCAAGGAGGCGGCUGUGCAGGCAAAAGGGAACACCUCGAGCAGAAAAGGGGUGCGAGGAAACAGCUUUUUACGCCAACUGUUCCCCUUCUUCCAGAACCGUUAAAGGUGACUGAAGGCUCAAAGGUUCCACGAUAUUGUGUAGAGAGGUCUCACCCCUGGGUUGUUUCCUGGUUCUUCCCAAGGAGACGCGCCUCUUAUGCACCUUGGCUUUGGAAGAGCAGAGCGCAUCUGGACUCCACUGUGGUACUUGUCCCUAUUGUCCUGUCAGAGGGGUCUACAGAGGCAGAGAGAGAAAUCAGGCUGAACUGGCGCCAAGUCCUAAAGCCACAGGACUAAGGCAUAAGGAGGAGAGAGAAUGGUUCUCCUUGGAAGUUGGAAAGUCAACCUUCCAGGAGUCAAUUUCUGGAUAGGCUGAAGCACUGGUUUAUUAGAGAACAUUAUUACAAGGAUAAGUUUUGAC